AUGGCCCCCCCUCCUCACGCAAAGCCUGAGAAUGUUCUCAAGCGUGCGCAAGAGCUUGUCGCUGUAAACAAGAAUUCAGGUGCUCUCGAGCUCCUUCACGAACAUGUCACCUCCAAGCGGUCCCGUAACUCUCCAAUCGCAUCAUUGGAACCUGUUAUGAUCCUCUUCGUAGAGCUUUGUGUGAGCCUAAGGAAAGGAAAGACGGCAAAGGAUGGAUUAUAUCAAUACAAGAAUAUUGCUCAGAACACGAGCGUACAGACUAUCGAGUUGGUUCUUCGUAGGUUCAUCGAACUCGCCGAGGCAAAGGUUACUGAAGCCCAGGAACGGGCUGAGCAAAUUACGGUUGAUGCGAUUGACGACCUUGAGGCCUCUGAGACCCCUGAAUCUAUUAUGCUGUCUACAGUUUCCGGAGAACAAUCCAGGGACCGCACUGACAGAGCCGUUGUCACUCCUUGGCUAAAAUUCUUGUGGGAGACAUAUCGCACCGUUCUCGAUAUCCUCCGCAACAAUGCCCGUCUCGAGAUUAUGUAUCAGAGCACCGCCUUGCAAGCGUUUCAAUUUUGCUUGAAAUACACUCGUAAAACCGAGUUCAGAAGACUUUGCGAACUUUUGAGGAACCACGUUCAAAAUGCAGCCAAGUAUUCAACUCAAAUGCAUGCCAUCAACUUGAAUGACCCUGAUACACUCCAGCGCCAUCUUGACACUCGCUUCCAGCAACUUAACGUGGCCGUUGAGCUUGAAUUAUGGCAGGAAGCUUUCCGAUCUGUAGAGGAUAUUCACACCCUUCUCAAUCUUAGCAAGAGGCCUGCAAAGAACGUCAUGAUGGCGAAUUACUACGAGAAGUUGACCCGUAUCUUCUUGGUAUCGGACAAUUACCUAUUUCACGCUGCAGCCUGGAGCAGAUAUUACAGUCUUCUCCGAACUAGCGCGGCUCAGGUUGCCGCUGGUCAGUCUACAAAGAAGGAUUCUCCUGCGACCACCGAAGCUGAUCUUAGCCGUGCCGCUUCUCUGUAUCUUCUGGCUGCCCUCUCUAUUCCCGUCAUCAGCCAGGCUCGCUCCAAGGGCGCUCUAGUUGAUGUUGACGAGGCCAAGAGAAACAAGAAUACUCGUUUGACUAACCUCCUUGGCAUGGCCAGGGCUCCUACUCGUGCUGGACUGUUUAAAGACGCCAUCGGCAAGGGAGCACUUAAGCGUGCAAGACCGGAAAUCCGUGAUCUUUACAGCAUCCUUGAGGUCGACUUCCACCCUCUUAGCAUUUGCAAGAAGAUCUCUCCGAUCCUCACGCAGAUUGCAGCGGAGCCCGAUAUGAAGCCGUACGUUUUGCCGCUUCAGCAAGUAAUUCUUACCAGAUUGUUCCAGCAGCUUUCUCAGGUUUACGACACUGUUCAGCUGAGCUUCGUCAUCAGUUUGGCCUCUUUCCCUGCGCCUUUUGAAGUUACACCUUCUGUCAUCGAAAAAUUCAUCAUGAAUGGCUGUAAAAAGGGUGAUUUGUCAAUUCGCAUCGAUCACGCUGCGGGUGUUCUGACAUUCGAGUCCGACAUCUUUUCUUCUACAAAGCCCCUCCAUACCGGCUCUCCAACCGGAUCUGCUGAGAAGGAGACAAUGUCCGUCCAGAAACUCCAGAGCACUCCCUCGGAGAUUGUUCGCACACAGCUUUCUCGACUUGCAAAAGCUCUUUAUCUUACUGUCUCUCACGUUGAUCCCGAGUUUCAGCAAGCUCGUCUUGAGGCUAAAGAAGCAGCCUACGCUAGAGCUCAAGCCGGUGCCCAGAAGGAACACGAGGAAGCUCUUGCCAGGAGAACUAUCAUUGAGAAGAAGAAGGAAGCUGCUGAAAGCGCCCUACUCAAGAAGGAGAAGGAGGAGGCACAGCAGCGUAUGAUCCGCGCUGAGGAGGCACGUGCCGCCGAAGCUGCUCGUGUCGCGGAGCAGCAGAAGAAACGUGAACUAGAGAGGCUCAGGCAGGAGCAGGAAAAGAUUCGCAAGGAGGAGUUGAAAAAACAAUUAGAUGAAUUGUCCCUCGAUACCAAGAUUGACGUUGAGAAUCUUGAGGACCUUGACAGCAACCAACUGAGAGCCAUGAAACUCGCACAGCUUGAGAAGGAAAAGAGGGAAAUGGCCGAUAAACUGAGAAUCACUGGGAAGAGGAUCGACCAUCUUGAGCGUGCUUAUCGCCGGGAAGAAGUCAAAAUUUUGCCCCAAGAUCUUGAAAGGCAGAGAGCUGAGGAUUUGGCUGCCUAUGAAGAGAAAAAGAGAAUUACUCUCGAGAACUCUAAGAAACAGCACGAAGAUGCUGUUGCAUUGAAGAAGCGCCUGGGCAGGCUUGUAGUUCCUUACGAGAGGUUCAGGGACGAAAUUAAACAACAGAGACACCAAGAGUUUGAACAGAGAAGGAGGACAGCCGAGAAACAACUCAGGGCCGAGAUGGAGAAGAGGAGACAGGACGUCCGCGCUGAGAGAGAGAGAAAGAGGAUUGCAGAGGAAGCUGCGGAAAGAAGAAGAAUAGAGGAGGAGGAGAGAGAACGCCAGGAAGAGGAGGAGAGACGGAAGAAGGAGGAGGAGCUUAGGGCUAAAAUGGCGGAGGAGAAGAUCAAGCGUGAAGAGGAGAGGAAGAAACUUGAUGAAAUUGCCGCAAAACAACGUCAACGUGAGCAAGAAGCCGAAGAACGCAGAGCUCGCGAGAAGCUCGAACGUGAUAGCUUUAAGCGUCCUUCUGCGCCCGAAACCACUACACCAGAAUCUGGAGGCGGUGGUCGUUGGGUCGCACCCGUACGUGGAGGAGGUUGGCGUGACCGUGUCGCUGCGAAGGGAGGUGAUGUGGACUCCACCCCACCACCCCCUCCGGUCAAUGGUUCCGGUGCCGCCCCCCCUUUAAGCGCUCCUACCGAGCGUAGAAGGCUGAACAUUGCACCACGUACCGCGCCUAUCGCCAGGGAAGAGGUACCUCCGCCUCAAGCCGCCCCCGCCCGGGAGGUCGAGAGGCCCGCUGCUGAUGGGCCUUCCGCGGAUGCCAGACCUGGUGUUUAUAGACCUGGGGCUAUCAGUGGUCGCAAAUUGCAGGCAGAAAGACCGGAAUCUCCAGCCGCCGUUGCUGAUGGUGAAAAGCCUGCCCCCAAGAGUAAAUACAUCCCUCCUAGUCAAAGGAAGGAAGCUUCAAGUGGAGGUGGCGGUUGGGGAAGAAGGGGUUAA